AUGAACGAAAACCAAGCGGUCCAAUACCUGGAGUCGUUAAUCGGCCAAACUUUACGAAUCCACGCAAGUGACACACGUAUCUUCGUGGGAAGCUUCAAAUGUACAGAUGCGGCUCGAAACAUCAUCCUCGGAGGUACAUACGAGUAUCGCUAUCCUACGCCGUCGGCGGUUCGUGACGCAGCGGCUGACGCAGCGAAAGACCCCGAGUCGUCGGCGGGUGCGCCGCCAACCAACGUCCAGGUGAACAUGACGAGUCGCUUUAUUGGUCUGGUGGUGAUUCCCGGCCAGCAUAUCACGAAAAUCGAACUGGAAGAGACCCCACAACAGGCCCGGGUGCGCGACGCGCUGCGGAAAUCAUAA